UCAAUUUUCGUGUGUGGUGAAAGUACGAAAUUAAAAAUAUUUCUUUUAUUCUCUCACAAUUAUCACAAUAUUGGAAGUGAAAUAUCGCGUAAAAGCAAUUGCGAGUGAUAAUAUGCCACUGUGUGAGCACAUUCUGACAUGAUAAGUGCUGUGGAAACGCUCGGUUUGUGUUGAAAAUUGAUGAUUGGCCGUCUUUGGGCGCAGUGGCUCGAAUGAAAAAGAGAACUUAAGAUGCAAAGCAACACCAACAAAACAAAAGAAAUGUUUAUCGUCAGGGCUCUGGAGAAGAUUCUUGCCGAUAAAGAUAUCAAGAGGUCACACCAUUCGCAGUCGCAGCUCAAGAGGGCCUGCGAUGUGGCAUUGGAGGAAAUCAAGCAAGAGCUAAAGGAAUCCGGCCAAGUGGAAAAUUUGGAGACAGCCCCAUCGGCUGCCCUUCCGCUCCCCAAAAAUGACUCAGCAAACACGAUAAAUGCAGAAAAGUACUUUCUACCCUUUGAACUGGCGUGCCAGAGUAAGACCCCGAGAAUUGUGGUCACUGCCCUGGAUUGCCUGCAGAAGCUAAUUGCAUAUGGGCAUCUGACUGGAAACAUUCCGGAUUCCUCAAAUCCCGGAAAAUUCCUCAUUGAUCGUAUUGUAACGACGAUCUGCAACUGUUUCAUGGGUCCCCAGACGGAUGAAGGGGUUCAAUUGCAAAUCAUCAAAGCCCUUCUCACUGUCGUCACCUCACAAUAUGUUGAAGUUCACGAGGGAACAGUUCUGCAGGCUGUGAGGACGUGCUACGAUAUCUAUUUGUCCAGCAAAAAUCUCAUUAAUCAAACAACUGCUCGUGCUACACUCACGCAAAUGCUAAAUGUGAUCUUCACGCGAAUGGAGCAUCAAGCUGACCAACCAUCGACUACAGAAUUCGUGACAAAUCCUGGUACUCAGGAAACUGGGAGUGCUAGUGAUAUGAAAGCAAUUGACGAAGAACUAUCCGUGGAGGACAUCGCAAGAAGUGUCUUGGAUGAAAUAAUUGCUAAUGCAGUAUCCAUGGCUGAGACAACACUAAAUGGAUCAAAUGAGAGUACCGAAGGUGGUACAAUUGUUAGAAUACCGUCCCAGGAGAGUGUCGAGACGCACAGUGAGAACGAUGCAAUUGUGACAGCAAAAUUUACCCAUAUUCUCCAGAAAGAUGCAUUCCUUGUGUUCCGGGCACUGUGUAAGCUGUCAAUGAAACCCCUUCCGGAUGGUACACCCGAUCCCAAAUCGCACGAAUUGCGAUCAAAAGUUCUCUCAUUGCACCUCCUAUUGUCGAUUCUACAGAAUGCAGGGCCAGUAUUUCGAUCAAAUGAAAUGUUCAUUAUGGCCAUUAAGCAGUAUUUAUGUGUGGCACUCUCGAAGAAUGGCGUGAGCUCCGUACCGGAAGUGUUUGAGCUGUCUCUGUCAAUUUUCGUGGCACUCUUGUCCAAUUUUAAGAUUCAUCUCAAAAAACAAAUUGAAGUUUUCUUCAAGGAGAUCUUCCUCAACAUCCUGGAGACCACAAGUUCUUCCUUUGAUCACAAGUGGAUGGUAAUUCAGGCGCUAACACGCAUCUGUGCCGAUGCUCAGAGUGUCGUAGACAUUUAUGUGAACUACGAUUGUGACUUUUCGGCGGCGAAUCUCUUUGAGAGGCUUGUGAAUGAUUUGUCAAAGAUAGCCCAAGGUAGGCAGGCUCUUGAAUUGGGCGCAACGCCAAAUCAGGAGAAAAGUAUGCGUAUCCGUGGUCUGGAGUGCCUUGUUUCCAUUCUCAAAUGCAUGGUUGAAUGGAGUAAGGAUUUGUAUGUGAAUCCGAAUUUGCAAACAACUCUGGGGGAGCCAGCAAAGCCUACCUUGACCGCUACGGAGGAACCUACGGGAUCACUCAAGUCACACGGGGGAUCAAAUUUAAGCCUCAAUUCUACGGGGAGCACAAAUACAAAUGGUGGUGGAAAUCGUGAGGUGUUGGACUUGCCGGAAGAACUGGAGGAGCGGAAACAGAGAAAGGAAAUUAUGGAAAUGGGUAUUGAUAUGUUUAAUCGGAAACCGAAGAAGGGUGUGGCUUUCUUGCAAGAACGUGGCCUAGUUGGGGAUUCCAUUGAGGCAAUUGCAAAGUGGCUGCAUGAGGAUGAUCGUCUCGAUAAGACAGUGAUUGGUGAUUAUUUGGGUGAGAAUGAUGAUCACUGCAAGAAAGUGAUGUGUGCCUACAUCGAUGCAAUGGAUUUCGAUGAAUUGGACAUUGUAGCUGCACUGAGGCACUUUCUCGAGGGAUUUCGUCUGCCGGGAGAGGCACAGAAGAUUGAUAGGUUAAUGGAGAAAUUUGCAAGUCGCUACUGUGACUGUAAUCCGAACAAUACACUUUUUGCCAGCGCCGAUACUGUAUACGUGCUUGCAUUUAGCGUGAUUAUGCUCACGACGGACCUGCAUUCGCCGCAAGUGAAGAAUAAGAUGACAAAGGAGCAAUAUAUAAAACUAAAUCGCGGUAUUAGUGAUUCAAAGGACCUUCCGGAGGAAUAUUUGUCGCAGAUCUACGAUGAGAUUGCCGGUCAUGAGAUUAAGAUGAAGAAUACGAAUGUCUCGAAGCCCGGUGGCAAUCGACAGAUCAUUAUAAAUGAAAAGAAACGCAAGCUCCUGUGGAACAUGGAAAUGGAAACAAUUUCGACAACAGCGAAGAAUCUUAUGGAAUCUGUGUCUCAUUUCAAAUCACCAUUCACCUCAGCUAAACAUCUAGAGCAUGUGAGGCCAAUGUUUAAGAUGGCCUGGACCCCAUUCCUUGCUGCCUUCUCCGUGGGUUUGCAGGAUUGUGAUGAUACGGAAAUUGCUAGUCUCUGCCUCGAUGGUAUUCGCUGUGCCAUCCGCAUUGCAUGUAUUUUUCACAUGACCCUCGAGAGGGAUGCCUACGUUCAGGCAUUAGCACGUUUCACCCUACUUACCGCAAAUUCUCCCAUCACCGAAAUGAAAGCAAAGAACAUUGAUACAAUCAAAACACUCAUUAUGGUGGCGCACACAGAUGGAAAUUACUUAGGCAGCAGUUGGUUGGACAUUGUCAAGUGUAUUUCGCAAUUGGAAUUGGCGCAGCUCAUUGGGACCGGAGUGAGGCCGCAAUACCUUUCGGGUCCAACAACACACAGAGAUGCUUUGGAUCCCAGCGUGAAGGAGCACAUUGGUGAGACGAGUUCACAGAGUGUUGUCGUGGCAGUUGAUCGUAUUUUUACUGGAUCAAUUCGGCUGGAUGGUGAUGCAAUUGUGGACUUUGUACGGGCACUGUGUCAAGUGUCCAUGGAUGAAUUGCAUGGGCAGCAACCGAGAAUGUUUUCACUGCAGAAAAUUGUGGAAAUCUCAUACUACAAUAUGGGCAGAAUUAGGCUCCAAUGGUCACGUAUAUGGCAAGUUCUCGGUGAUCACUUUAAUGCUGUUGGGUGCAAUACUAAUGAAGAGAUUGCCUUCUUUGCGCUCGACUCACUGCGACAGCUAUCCAUGAAAUUCAUAGAGAAAGGUGAAUUUACCAAUUUCCGCUUCCAGAAGGAUUUCCUGAGACCCUUUGAGCAUAUUAUGAAGAAGAAUCAUUCACCGGCAAUCAGAGAUAUGGUAGUUCGGUGCCUAGCACAGAUGGUCAAUUCCCAAGCACACAACAUUAAAUCCGGAUGGAAAAAUAUAUUUUCCGUAUUUCACCUGGCAGCGGGAGAUCAUGACGAGGGGAUCGUUGAAUUGGCAUUCCAAACAACAGGAAAGAUCAUUACUGAUUUGUAUCAACGACAAUUUCACAUAAUGAUCGAUUCAUUCCAAGAUGCUGUGAAAUGCCUGUCGGAAUUUGCGUGCAAUGCUCGUUUCCCCGAUACGAGCAUGGAAGCAAUACGAUUGGUUCGUACAUGUGCCCUAUGCGUCCACAGUGCACCCCAUUUAUUUGCCGAACACGCUGGCAUGGAGAAUGAUGUGGCUGUUUCGGAAGAGGAUAGAGUGUGGGUACGGGGAUGGUUUCCAAUGCUCUUCUCCCUGUCGUGCGUUGUUAAUCGGUGCAAAUUGGACGUGCGGACGAGGGGAUUGACGGUUCUCUUUGAGAUUGUCAAGAAUCACGGUGAUGCCUUUAAGGCCAACUGGUGGCGAGAUCUAUUCAAUAUUCUCUUUCGCAUAUUUGACAAUAUGAAAUUACCGGAGCAACAUACAGAGAAGGCCGAAUGGAUGACCACCACGUGUAAUCAUGCUCUUUAUGCAAUUGUUGAUGUCUUCACGCAGUACUUUGAUAUCUUGGGACCAUUGCUGCUGCAUGAUCUGUAUACGCAGUUACAUUGGUGUGUUCAGCAAAAUAAUGAGCAAUUGGCACGAUCAGGAACAAAUUGCUUGGAAAAUCUCGUAAUAUCGAAUGGCCUAAAAUUCACUGAGGACACAUGGGAUAGCACAUGUCAGUGUAUGCUGGAUAUUUUCAAAAAUACCCUCCCAUCAGAGUUGCUAACAUGGAAACCAGAUCCGAACUUUGUUCCACCAUCUGCUGGGAAUGCCAACCAAACGAAUCAUAAUAGGCAUGGUAGUGCAAAUGCCCUGGAAAAUGGUGAGGUACGACAUGGUAUCCUGAAGAGGGCAAACUCCCAUCAUUCUGUCAUGUAUACUGGCUUACCGGAUGAGAUUGGGAAGGUGGAUCAUGGAUACAAUAGUCUUUUCGCUAGUCUUCAUAUAAAAUGUGUAGUUCAGCUUGAGCUAAUUCAGACCAUAGACAAUAUAAUCUUCUUUCCUGCCACUUCGCGGAAAGAAGAUGCCGAAACAUUGGCUCUUGCUACGGCAGAUCUCACAGGAGGUAUAUCUAGUCACACCGAGUGUCAGCGUGAAGAGCAAGGAAUGUAUAGUUACCUCACAACACCGCAUUUGCUCAAAUUAACUGAUUGCCUUCUACAGAGCCACAGAUUUGCCAAGCAAUUCAAUGUAAAUACCGAACAGAAGAAUAUCCUUUGGAAGGCAGGCUUCAAAGGAUCCGUUCGGCCUAAUCUCCUGAAGCAGGAGACUCAGUCACUGGCUUGCAUCUUACGUAUAUUCUUCAAGUUGUAUAACGACGAAAGUAGACGCAAGGAUUGGACGGAUAUUGAAAGGAGAUUAAUUGCAGUCAGCCAGGAGGCGCUGGACUAUUUUCUCAAUCUUCAAAGUGAAACACACAGAGAGACGUGGACAACUAUUCUUCUUCUCGUUCUCACGCGACUUCUCAAGAUGCCCGACAGCAGAUUUGCUGCUCAUAUAACGCAUUACUAUCCUCUACUUUGUGAGAUAAUGUGCUUUGACUUGAAACCUGAACUCAGAAGUGUCCUUAGGCGUGUUUUCCUGAGAAUUGGACCUGUCUUCAAUGUCACCACUCCUUGAGCAGAAAACAAUUUGAAUAAAUUAAUCUUUAAUCAUUAUAUUCCAAGAAUCACUAAAAAAAGAAAAAUUUAGUAAAGACAUUUUAAGAAUGUAGAAUACACACUAAUUUCAUACAUAACUUUGCGUAGGUGAAUUAUUAAUAUUAUGCCGAGGCAAAUAAAUUUUUGAUGUUUUUAGCAAAGAGAUCAAAUCAAAAAGAAAAGUAAAAAAUUUUUCAAUAUUGUUAAACAUACAUUGAACCAGUUUUUAAAAUUCACACACAUAGUGUUUGUAGAGAGCUUUCUUUUAUUAUUUUCUUUAUUUAUAUUUCAUUCGACAUUAUAUUCCAGAGAUGUGAAGAAAAAAAUUGUAUAUUUGCAUAAUAUAAAUUUAUUUAUCCACUAUUGAUUUAAUAGUUGCAUAAUAAUUGAAAUAUUACAUUGUCUCUAAAAAGAAUAAUUGAUGUUUGUAAAAUUGUAAAUGAUAAAAUUAAAUAUCGCGUUUACUGUGCAGGGAA